GGCGGCGGCGGCUGCGGCGAGACGCAACACAACAAGUCGAGACGUGGGCCCCGCCGUGGGCCGUGGGCCGCAGCCGGCGCUGGAGGCGGGGCCUCGGCGGCGGCGGCGGCGGGUCGGAGCGCAGGGGGCCGGGGCCGGGGGUAGGACCAACGCUCGCUGCCGCGGCGCGGAUCCCGAGCGGCUGUGACCGUGACCGUGGCCGUGACCGAGACCAGGAGCGAUAUUAUCUUGCCCUGAAAGUUCCAGGACUUAAAGAAAUGCCCAGCGUUGAAAUGCCGGCCGCCAGCAGUGACUGUCCACAUUUGGAGUCCGUGGGCGAAAUAACAAAAGAAAACUUGAUACAGAAAUCUCUUGGCACUUGUCAGGACUGUAAAGUCAGAGGACCGAAUCUCUGGGCCUGUCUAGAGAACCGAUGUGCGUACGUUGGCUGUGGCGAAUCCUACGUAGACCAUAGCACUAUUCACUCUCAGAAGACGAAGCACUACCUCACCGUGAACCUCACCACCCUGCGGGUUUGGUGUUAUGCCUGCACCAAAGAAGUCUUCCUGGAGAGGAAGUUUGGGGCGCCCGUGUCCCUGCCGCAGACGACGAGGCCACAGCCUGCGGCCCCAGAAAGCAGCGUCCAGGACUUCAAGGUGCCUCACCCCACCCUCAAGACUCCUCUGGCCACAGUCUUGGAUGAUCUGGACAGAGACGUGGAGGAAGAGGAUGAGCUAAAGGCAAGAGGUCUCACGGGUCUGAAAAACAUCGGCAAUACUUGCUAUAUGAACGCUGCUUUGCAGGCUCUUUCUAAUUGCCCGCCUCUGACCCAGUUCUUUCUUGAUUGCGGAGGACUGGCCCGAACAGAGAAGAAGCCAGCCAUCUGUAAAAGCUAUCUCAAGCUGAUGACAGAGCUAUGGCACAAGAGCAGGCCUGGGUCUGUUGUUCCAACUAAUUUGUUUCAAGGAAUUAAAACUGUCAACCCAGCAUUUCGAGGUUACUCCCAACAGUUUUUCCAGGCAAGAAGAGGUGUACGAUCCCACCUUCCUGUAUCAUUCCAGAAGACGCCCAGGGAAUUCCUCCGAUGUUUAAUGGACCUGCUUCAUGAGGAGCUCAAAGAGCAGGUCAUGGAGACUGAGGACGGGGGCCACUCCUGGACAGGCGAGGAGAGCCUGGAAGAGGACAAGAGCCCGUCAGAGAUGGACUUCCAGUCAUGUGAGUCAUGCGGGAGCAGCGAGAAAGCCGAGAACGAGACAGGCUCCCGCGGUCUGAUGGAGGACCACAUGGAAACAGCCAUGUUAAUCCAGGAGGAUGAGAACAACAUUAGCCCCGGGGUGGUGAAAGAAAAAGCUCUGUGGAACAAGGCAAGCCCCAAGAGUCCUGAGGACGACGUGGAGAAAGAUGUAGACACUUUGUCAGAGAUGGUGGACGUUUUAAACAGCCAGGAAACCGUCAAAGUGCAGAUUCACAGCCGGCUUUCAGAACAUGCCCCUGAUGGUCACUCAAACGACCAUCUCCCAUCGAGUGAAGGAGGCAAUCCACGCUUGUCUGCGAGCCCUCCCAAAUCAAGCUCCCUGUGGCCAGGUGCAGUCUCUGGCCACAAAAGAGCCCUGCCGGCCCCAUCUCCCAAGAGGAGAAAGCAGCAGAAGAGAUACCGGAGUGUCAUUUCGGACAUCUUCGAUGGGACGAUCGUGAGCUCCGUGCAGUGUCUGACUUGUGACCGGGUGUCGGUGACGCUCGAGACCUUCCAGGACCUGUCCCUGCCCAUCCCUGGCAAAGAGGACCUGGCGCGGCUACACUCUGCAAGUCACCCCACCGCCAUGGUCAAGGCGGGCUCCUGCGGGGAGGCGUACGCGCCCCAAGGCUGGAUCGCCCUGCUCAUGGAGUACUUACGCAGGUUUGUUGUCUCCUGCGUCCCUAGCUGGUUUUGGGGUCCAGUAGUGACCUUGCAAGACUGUCUCGCUGCCUUUUUCGCCAGAGAUGAGCUCAAAGGUGACAACAUGUACAGUUGUGAAAGAUGCAGAAAAUUGAGAAACGGCGUGAAGUUCUGUAAGGUGCAGAAGUUUCCUGAGAUUUUGUGCAUCCACCUGAAGAGGUUCAGGCACGAGCUCAUGUUUUCCACCAAAAUCAGCACCCACGUGUCUUUUCCUCUUGAGGGCCUUGAUCUUCAGCCCUUCCUCGCCAAGGACAGCCCCACCCAGAUCGUGACCUAUGACCUGUUGUCAGUCAUCUGUCACCACGGAACCGCGAGCAGCGGACACUACAUCGCCUACUGCCGCAACAAUCUCAACACCCUGUGGUACGAGUUCGAUGACCAGAGCGUCACUGAAGUCUCGGAAGCGACUGUGCAGAAUGCAGAGGCUUACGUGCUUUUCUACAGGAAGAGCAGUGACGACGCGCAGAAGGAGCGGCGGCGCGUGUCCAACUUGCUGAACAUGAUGGAGCCGAGUCUCCUGCAGUUCUACGUCUCUCGCCAGUGGCUGAACAAGUUCAAGACCUUCGCGGAGCCUGGGCCCAUCUCCAAUCGUGAUUUCCUCUGCGUUCACGGAGGUGCCCCCCCACGCAAAGCCGGCUACAUCGAGGACCUCGUGGUGAUGCUACCUCAGAACAUCUGGGACAAUUUAUACAGCAGGUACGGGGGAGGACCGGCCGUCAACCACCUGUACGUGUGUCACACCUGCCAGAUAGAAGCAGAGAAAGUGGAAAAAAGAAGAAAAAUGGAGCUGGAAAUGUUUGUGCGGCUGAACCGGGCCUUCCAAGAGGAGGAGUCGCCGGCUGCGUUUUUCUGCAUCAGCAUGCAGUGGUUCAGAGAGUGGGAAGGGUUUGUGAAAGGGAAAGAUGGAGAUCCCCCCGGUCCCAUUGAUAACACUAAGAUUGCCAUCAGCAAGGGUGGUAGCGUCGUCCUCAAACAAGGGGCAGACUCGGGGCAGAUUUCUGAAGAAACGUGGAAUUUCCUUCAGUCCAUCUAUGGCGGAGGGCCAGAGGUUAUUUUGCGCCCACCCGUCGCCCCUGUCGACCCUGACGUGCUGCAAACAGAGGAGAAGAUUGAAGUGGAGACUCGGGCCCUCUGACCAUGACGUCCACGGGAAAUCCUUCCCGCUUGCACAAAGAAAAAACCAUUCCUGAAAGCAUGUUUAUUUUCUUGCUUUUCGACCUUUCCCCCCUUUCUUCCUCCUCACUGGGCAUUACAGUUGUGGAUGAGUAUGUCGUGACUCGGCACCCCCUGUAGGUGGAGCGUUUAAUGCUAAACAAUUUACUGUGAAGUUUUUCCAAGGCCACGUUUUGAAAGGGAUGAGCUCCGUGUCUCAAGGUUGUUCAAUCAGCGGACAGUAGGUCAUUGAUCUUUUUUACCACAUGUAUCCUUUGUAGACUUGUACAAUAAAAUGGCUUUUAGAAUGUUUCUCCAA